ACUUGAAAGAUCUACUUCUUGCCAUGUCUGCUCUUUCAUUGACUCUCCACUUCGACUACCGACCGCCUUACUACUGUGAACCAGGUUGAGACAUCUCUUCCCACAACCAGGGACACGACUUCCACUUGACCACGAGCAUCGAACACAUACAGGACCACACAGAUCGACUCUCGCCUACUGGCGAAGCGGGACCCUGUGCUGAGCUCAGAUCUGCUUGACCUUCCACGCGCGCACGGCGCACGCUGUCCAGGAUGUCUUCAUCUUCGACCCUAACUCUCGAAGACUCGACGCACCUCAAAACAAUUCAGGAAGAGAACAAACCAAAAUCGCCUAGACCAACAUUCCAACCAGAAACCCGCCGACUAGACGAUUCACAAACACCAUCCGUCCACAACGAUGACAUAUCCCUUCACCAGAUCCUUCAAGACAACUCCGCGCCCAACGACGGCACAGCAGUCGAAGCAAAAGAAACCUGGCUCUUCCCACGAAUCAACACCUACCGCUUCGCAGCCGUCUGUCUCGCACUCUUCAACCUCGGACUCCACGACGCCUCCUACGGCCCUCUAAUCCCCUACCUCGAAACAUACUAUAACCUAAACUAUACCACCGUCUCCCUCAUCUUCCUAGCAGGUUUCCCGGGCUACCUCCUCGCAGCCUUCGCAUCCGAUCGGAUCCACUUGAAAUUCGGCCAACGAGGUCUCGCAGCAUUCGCCAGUACUUGCAGAUUAGCAGCUUACAUCGCUCUUGUCUGCCAUCCACCUUGGCCGGUCGUUGUCGUGUUGAUCGCAUUCUGUGGACUAGGAAAUGGACUCCUCGACGCGAGUUGGAAUGCCUGGUGCGGAGAUCUCGAGCAUCCGAAUGAGUUAUUGGGAGUUGUACACGCUCUUUACGGUCUAGGAGCAGCUAUCGCACCAUUAAUCGCUAGCGCUAUGACGGAUAAAUACGGUUUGCCAUGGUAUAGAUACUACCUCAUCCCACUCGGUUUCAGCAUCAUCGAACUCAGCAGCGGCGUGGCAAGUUUCUGGAAAGCCAAUGGCGCGGAAUUCCGGAAAAAGAGCGCUCAUUCGAAAGAAUCGGGUGGAAGAACGAGAGCUGCGCUCAAACUGAGAGUAACCUGGACUCUGGCAGUUUUCUUACUUUUCUACGUUGGAGCCGAAGUCGCGCUGAGUGGUUGGGUUGUCACUUUUAUGCAACGUGUACGAGGAGCUCCAGGAUUCCAAUCUUCGUUGACUUCGACGGGUUUCUGGCUUGGAGUUACAGUCGGACGAGUGGUUCUAGGGUUCGUGACACCUAGGAUCGGAGAACGAUGGGCCAUCGUUGGUUAUCUACUUGCGGCAGCUGGACUAGAGCUCCUGUUCUGGUUGGUUCCACAGUUCAUCGUUUCGGCCGUCUCUGUUGCGCUCAUCGGAUUCUUCCUUGGUCCAAUGUUUCCAGCGGCUGUGGUGGUGCUGUCAAAGACACUCCCGAAGCACUUGCAUGUCGGAGCAAUCAGCUUUGUGGCUGCUUUGGGUAUGGGAGGAGCGGCUGUUAUUCCUUUCGCGGUUGGUGCAAUUGCGAAUGCAGUUGGGGUCAAGGCUUUGCAACCUAUCAUCCUUGCGAUUUUGGUUAUUCUGCUCGGAAUGUGGUUGACGCUGCCAAAGAUCCCGAAGCAGCGCGCCGACUAG